UGCCGUUUUUAGCUACUUUUUUUUAGUCGAAGCAGCCGUUUUUAGAUUCAUUAUUUUAGUUUCCCUCUUUAGAGCUGAGAUUACAUGGAUAACUUACCAGGCUCUGUGAUGUCAGUUGCAAUGGAGGAAGUUGAGGAGAGUCCAAUUGAUGAGUCAUCGUCACCACCCCCGGACGUCAAAUCCAGACUGAACACUCUGAAAAUAAACAGUCUGGGAAACAGAAGCAGGAGCAACAGUGCAAGCAAUAUCAAGGUGGCGGGUGGGGCCAAUAUCAACAGUUAUGCUGACUUCACUUUCAGCCGAACUGAACUGGCGGAUGCGGUCGCACUUUUGGAUGAUGGUCCACUGGUGCGAAAAAGUUCCUUCUCUAAAGCGAGCAACGAAUAUCUCAACGACAACUUCAACAUACACAUUGGCAAUCAAAGUUUGCACACGGUGUGUCGUUCUGGUGACGCAGAGAUGUUGCUGCGCCUCCUCAGAAUUCCACACAUGCGGAAGAAGAUCAACGCCUUGGAUGAGGACGACUUGUCGCCACUUCAUCUGUGUGCCAAGUACAACCACUACAAAUGCGCCAAAAUACUCGUGCAAUAUGGAGCAUCUGUGCAAGUGAUUGGCUACAACGAGACCACACCCCUCCACUACUGUGCUGUGUACCGCAAGUUCAAAACAGGAAACACGACUGUGCCCUCGUCUCAAUCUGCAAACAACCUUAACUCGGACUUGGGAGGGGGAGGCGGGGGGGCUUCUGAGCUGAACCAGGAAAAGAAGAAGACUUCGAAUUUGACCCCUAAUGCUUUCAGUGCACUUAACAAGAUCGCCUAUGUGCUGAAAGAUGAAGAAGACAAUCAGCGGAAGUUGAUUUUUCUGUUUGCCAAGGAGGCCAAGCCAGUUGUUAAGGUGAAUGCCAAAGAUAAGUAUGGGUCGACUGCCUUGCACAUGGCCAGUUACAAAGCCAAUGUUGCAGCGGUCAGGGACUUGAUUGCCUGCAAUGCCGACAUCAAUUGCAAAGAUGGCCAGGGUGCGACUCCUUUGAUGUUGGCAGCCAGCUACAGUUGUCCGGAGAUAUUCCGCAUUCUUCUGGAAAAGGGAGCCGACUAUUUACUGGUGGAUGGAGAGGGCAGCACCGCUCUCCACUUGGCAGCCGCGAGUGAGAAGGUCGAGAUUGUCACUAUGCUUCUAGAGGCAGUCAAGAACCGAUCCAAACAACUCCUCAGCUACAGAGUUGAAGCCAAAAUGAAAGAGUUUCUGGGAAUGCGAAACAAGUCCAUGGAAACGGCACUGCAUAUAGCAGUGUCCAGCAACCAACUGCCGGCUGCAAAAGUUCUUCUGGAACAUGGAGCCAGUGCGAUGGAGAUCCAGCUAGACAACAUGUACUACCCCAUCCACCUGGCAGCCCAGAAUGGGGAACUGCCCAUGAUGGAAGCCAUAUUCGAACACGCCCUUGUGGAGACUAAGAGUGAGCAGAAGGUAAUCAAUGUGACUAACAGAGACCUGCAGACUCCCCUGCACAGAGCAGUCAUGUUCAACAGAGUCAGCUGUGCCGCUUUUCUACUCAACAAGGGUAAGCGUGAGGGAAUAGACAUGCAGGAGAAAGACGGCUUCACCCCUCUUCUCCUGGCGGUGAGUCAUGGUCACGUGACUGUGAGCAAACUGCUGGUGGAGAGUGGGGCUGACAUCAAAGUGACCGACUUCGACCAGAAGAACCUUCUCCACUGGGCUGUCGACUCACUCCGCAAGUCGGACCUUGAGGAGCUGCUGAAGAUGUUGGCUGAAGAGGACGUGCUAGACCUCAUCAACGACAGAGACAACUUCGGAAACUCCCCCGCCCACCUGGCAGCCAGAAAUGGAAGUCUCGAGAUACUCCAGGUGCUGCAUCGACACCGAUGUGACUUGAAACUGAAGAAUGAGGACGAGCAGACUCCUCUGCAUCUGGCUGCCAAAUAUGGGCGCACGAGAGUGGUGGCCUGGAUCUGCAAACUGGACUGUGAUCUGGUCAAAGACGAAGACGAAGACUCCAACACUUCACUUCACAUUGCGGCCAUUGAAGGCCAUGUCAAGGUGAGCGAAGUGUUGAUCAACUACCAGGCGGAUGUGCAGGCUCGCAACUUCCAGCAGUGGACCCCCCUGGACUGUGCAGCCUCGAAGGGUUGGGUGAAAACAGCACGCCUCCUACUCGACAAUGACUCUCCCAUUGUUCAUCGAUGACUCAUAUUCUAUGAGUUCAUGGUCCUAUGGGAAGACAAGUGGUAUCACCCUCAGUGACCUCGUGGAUGACCCCAACCACCCUGGAUUGGCAGCAGGGCUCCCUGGAACAGCAGCUGCAGCAGCAGAGACCCAGGAUGUGAUGUCUCUGGAUGAGAAGGGAUCCACCGUCUUCUCCGAGGUGUAUGAGGACGACGGGAGUCUGAACGAGAGUGCACACACCUACACCAACAUAGCCUCACUUCUCACUAAAAACCACCCUCUUUCCAUCAUGGUGAAUAGCAAAGCGGAACACCUGUUGCGUCAUCCCCUUGUGACUAUUCUGCUGCAUUACAAAUGGAACACUUUCGGCCGAUUUGUUUACUAUGCUAAUCUCAGCCAGUAUUGCUUCUUUCUCAUCUUUCUCACCGGAUUCAUGAUUGUCACAAAGCCCAGGGAAUUUUGGUCCAGUGAGUUCAACGGAACUACUCUUGAGGCGUACAUUGAGAGUCCCUACUCGAGGACAAACCACUGGGCGUUCAAGUUUUUCAACGGAAUCGGCAAGUGGCUGGUUAUCGCGUCCGCCCUCUUCAACCUCGCCAGAGAGGUGUUUCAGUUGAUUAACAAACGAUGGGCUUAUGUUAAGCAGAUCGUGAACUUCCUCGAAUGGCUUGUCUACCUGUUGUCUCUUGUUGUCACCAUGCCCAACAUAUUCCAGAUUGGAAUAGGCGACGACAUCAACAAAGACUUAGAGUCGGUGAUGUGGCAAUGUGGGGCUGUUAGCCUGUUCCUGGCCUGGAUCAACCUCAUCCUCUUCAUCCAGAAGUUCCCCAAGUUCGGCAUCUACGUCGUCAUGUUCACAGAUGUGCUGCAGACAUUCCUCAUGUUCUUCGCCGUCUUCAUUUUAUUCAUCGUCGCAUUCGCAAUGGGCUUCUACUGCCUUCUCCAGAAUCAGGAGGACUUCAGUACUGUGUUGUAUGCAAUUCUGCGUACAAUGGUGAUGAUGAUCGGAGAGUUCGACUACACGGAUACUUUCUUCUUUGGCGACGUCGACAUAAAGGGCAUCUGGCGCAUAUCCGCUCUCUCCUUCUUCGCCGUCUUCAUCGUCGUCAUGAGCAUCAUCACAAUGAACUUACUGGUCGGUCUCGCAGUAGACGACAUCAAAGCAGUACAGGAAAACGCAUCAUUGCAGAGAAUGGCCAUGCAGGUGAACAUGGCAUUGGAGGUGGAACAAACCAUUCCAGAGUGGCUUAGAAGGCGUUUCGUGGUGAGGGAGCAGAAGUACUACCCUAAUUUGGGAAGAAAUAAAAUGUGGAACAGAAUGUUUCCGAACAAACUGGACGGACCCGCUGUCAUCCAGAACCUCACUGCUCGAAGGGAACCGAUUGAAGAAGUUGAGUUGAAGCAACAGAGAAUUCUGCAGACAGUGAAGAGCUUGGAGAAGGGGCUGAGAGAGAUGCGAAAUGACCAGGAGAAAAUGAUGGUGGCACUUACUAAACUGGCUCAGGCCAACGGAAUAUCGACUGAACAAGACGACUAUGCUGGUGAAGUGAACGACGACGAAGUCUGAGGCCAAGGGUCCGAGUCUUGUCCAGGAACCAGUUACAAUCUAUAUUUUUUCCUUUUGCUAAUGAAACUUUAAAAUUUUCAUUCCCUUUCUGAAUCUUCAACGACAUAAAGAGUUUUUCAACGCGAAAGUUAUCAGCUAUUUUGUUUUUAUCAAAUGUCAAAUGUGCUACGAAAAACUUAUUUUCUUUAUAAAUUAAACUGAAAUAAACUGAGCUAGGAAAAUGAUUAUAUUAAAUCUGGUAUGUCUUUCAUCACAAGAAAUGGCGGAAAUAACAUUAUAAUUUCCGUGUCUUAUGUUUAAUACGAUCCAUUAUUUUGUGCAGUUUCCCAAAACUCAGAAAAACUUCAGUAUUUUAAUGUACAGGUAAUAGUUUUUGAAGAAUGCCACCUAAGUCGAUGUUUCCCUAAUUAUCUGAUUAUCGU